AUGGACCGCGCCCGCGCGCGCCUGCACGUCGUCCUGCGGCACCUCGGCCGCCCCGCGGGCCCGGCCGUCAGAGCGCACCCUGCUGCUGAGACUGCUCCCUCUGCCAGCUCCCGCCCUCAGCAAUUCCAGUAUACUUUGGAUAAUAAUGUCCUAAGCCUGGAGCAGAGACAAUUUUAUGAAGAAAAUGGGUUUCUUGUCAUUAAAAAUCUCGUAUCUGAUGAGGAUAUUGAACGCUUUAGGGCUGAAUUUGAAAAAAUCUGCCAAAAGGAAGUGUCACCAACAGGGUUAGUGAUAAUGAGAGAUGUGUCCACUGUACAGUCACAAUGUACUCUGAGUGAACAAGUGGUUUCGAAGAUCCAAGAUUUCCAGGAAGAUGAGGAGCUCUUUCGAUACUGCACUCUCCCCCAGAUUCUGAAAUACGUGGAAUGCUUCACUGGACCCAAUAUCAUGUCCAUACACACAAUGCUGAUCAACAAGCCCCCAGACUCUGGUAAGAAGACAUCCAGGCAUCCCUUGCAUCAGGAUCUACACUACUUCCCCUUCCGGCCCAGCAAUCACAUAGUUUGCUCUUGGACUGCCAUGGAGCACAUUGACAGGAACAACGGCUGUCUGGUCGUGCUCCCAGGCACACACAAAGGAUCCCUGAAGCCACAUGAUUACCCCCAGUGGGAGGGUGGAGUUAACAAAAUGUACCAUGGCAUCCAGGAUUACCAGCCGGACAGUGCUCGGGUACACCUUGUGAUGGAGAAAGGAGACACUGUUUUCUUUCAUCCUCUGCUCAUUCAUGGAUCUGGUCAGAACAGAACUAAAGGAUUCCGAAAAGCAAUUUCCUGCCAUUAUGCCAGUGCCAACUGCCAUUGUAUUGAUGUGGAGGGUACCAGUCAAGAAAACAUCAGGAAUGAAGUUAUAGAGGUAGCUGAGAAAAGGCUUGGACUUAAAGGAGCUGUCAACUUCAAGGAUAUUAUGUUGUUUCGAACACGACUUGUGAAAGGAGAAAGAGUUAACCUGUGAAAUGACCCACAAGCCAUGUAGAGUGGCUCAUGUCAACAAUCCCAGCACUCAGGGGCCCUAGGCAGGAGCAUGACAAGUUCCAGGACAACCUGGGCUACAUCAUGAGACACUGUCUCAAAACAACAACAACAACAAAGGAAUUUCAAAGCAAAACAAGAAGUCUAAGGAAGAUGCGUCCUUAAUGGGUUAAUAUAUUCUUUUCUAUCACUUGCUAACAAAGUCAAGGAACGUAGACUAGAGUCUUAUUUGCAUGUAGCUAAUUUGACAGUACAGUGCUGUUGCUUUAAUGAAAGUGAAAAGCAGUGAAGGUGAAAGAUGGCUGUGUUAAAAAAUUUAACUUGGAGUUGCGACUAAUAAAGGUGAUUGAGAAUAACUUAAA